AUGUCAUCUGGGACUGACACUCUGACCAGACUGCCUGACCGAUCACAGGGCCAGCGUGUGAAACUUGCCGCAGAAGAAGCCGGAUACCCGACCCGGUUCGAGAUCCUCGGCCUAGACACAGGGCCCAAUGCGAGGAGCACCAUUUCCACCCAGAGAGUCUCAGGGAGCCCACAGCGUCCCAUGUUUCAGACGACACCGCCCGUCACGAGCUCCUCGCCGGCGUCCAGCAGCCCUUUGACCAUGUCGUUUGUCCCGUCGACUCAACUCGACAGCAUUCUCGCACAAGACGAAGAAGCAUGGGCUCGCCUCAAACAUUUCGAGGAUUCCUUGUGUGAGAUUCUCAGUGUUCGUACCACGAUGACUGGCAAAUAUCCUUUCCGGGACCACAUCCUCCCACUGGCCAACCGGCACUCUGGUCUUCUGCACGCUGUGCUUGGACUCUCGGCCUGCCAUAUGAUCAAUUCGGGUAUCGACAACACCUCAAAGGCCCACACGGCGGCUCUGGAACUUCGGCUGUCGGCGAUCCAGGAACUAGGAGUUCUCCUUCUCAAAGAAAGAGUGUUUCGGACUGGACGAUACGGAGGAGGUACUUGCGUUGCAAUCGUGUUGAUCUUAGUGCUGCAUGACAUUUGCGAAUCCGGAAAAUCAUUUCACGGGGCUCAACUAAACGGAAUCGCAUUUCUCUGCGCCAGGAUUGUCGCGGGACCAACGACACCGUCUCCGACCAAAUCCUUUUUGUUGGCCGCCCUGUCAUGGUUAGAUAUCCUGCGGGGAUUCACCGGCGCCGAGAAGCUGGCCUUUCCCCCGAGUGGAAACUGCUCGCCAAUGCCUACCGCCACGUCUGCAUUUUGCGUAUUCUAA